AUGGCGGCGGGCGGCGUGGUGAGGGGCGGGCGGCGCUCGCAGCCCCCCGGACCCGCUCCCCCAGCGCGGCCCCGGCGGCGGCGGCCCGGCAGAGGGGCGAAGGGUUCCCCGGCCACCGACCCUGCGCAGCCCGCGGGGGAAGAAACCGAGACGGCGAGCCCGUGUUUGUCACACAAAGUGGCUGAUGAACGACCCUCAAAGAGGAUGAAAUGGGAAGAAAGCAGUCCCAAACCAGAACUGGAAGGCCUUGCAUGUGGAAGUGGAAACCUUGCUGCGCUGGGGGAAAUGCCAAAAGCGUCUGAUGGGGAUCGAGGUUCAGAAGAUCCAGGAGACACCAAUACAUUCCAGCAGGAAAAAGGUGAAAGCAUUCCAGAGACUAACGAAGGGAAACAGGAGGAGGAGCGUGAUGUUUCUCUGGAGCCACGUGCAGUGAGGUUGAGCAGUACCCCGUUAAAAGUGGGCAGUGGUGGGUACCUGCACCGUCACGUGUUCAGUGAAGAGGAGAGCAGCUGUGGGAGCGUGCUGGCUGAGGAGUCUGGCUCGGAGGACACCGACCGCCCGAGGAGGCCACUGCAGCUGGAACACAGCGGGUUCUCGGACGAGGACAGCAACCAGCCCAUGCCAGUGCACCGCUUCUUCGGGGAUUUUGAGCCGGAUCUCCCAGCAGUUGCACUCCCAAGCACAACGAUGAGCAGGCGAGAAGUCAGGAACCUCCAUUUCAUGGCAAAGGAAGAUGAGGAGGAGGAAGAGGAUGUUGUCUAACAACAAACUGUAAACAAAUUAAACCUUUCUUCUUUUUCUUCACAACCACAUAGCAAUGGUUCUGUCAGUAACAUAAGGUGUCUGUGUUUGCCUUUUCUCAGGGAGAAAACUGGGAGUUUGUGUUGCUGGAAUUGGCAGAUACAGUAUUCCUACAGUUAUCUGGGGCAAAGACUGUGAUUUGGAAAUAAAUUGUAAUUUACCACUUCACCAGUAAUAUUUAGGGAAAAAACCCAGGGAAAAUAGAAAUUCCUAAGAGGUUUUUUAUGAAUUUGAGCCUCAAUUUAGAGGGAAUAUUUGGUUUCACUCCUUUUUUUUGAAAUAGUCAAGGAAAAGAUGCUAAAACAACAUUCUUUUAAUUCUGUGAUGUCUCUGGCACCCAGGUAAUAAAGGAGCCAGUUGACUCCCUGGUACAAAGAGGGACAAGGAUCUCUCCUGUGUAGGUUGUGUGGGUUGUUUACAUCUAAACCAGGACCAAUUAAACCUCUACCAUGCAGUUCUGCUGCCAAAACGCAAUGCAGGAUGUCAGUGUGAGUUCAGUGUGUUCAUCUCUGGGAGUUCAGCACGUUUUUACUGCACGUCAGCUCCCCAAACACCCACCCUGUGUUGCUGCCUCCACCUCCACUCUCUGCUGUAAAAGUUGUUCUUUGUGACACCCUGUGCUGCAGCUCAUUAAGGAUUUUCGACUGAUUUCCAGCAGGGAUUUUGUAAACAAAUGCUUUGGUGGAUGUAAAGGAGGAUUUAAUGGGCAGAGGAACAAGUAUGGAUUGCUAAGAUGUGGGGCAGCCCCCCCCGAAUGUUUGAAAAGAAAGGAGCAACCUCAGCUAAUUCCAGGAACUGUUAAUUCACCCAGUGUUUGUUGGAGUAUUUCUUUGAAAGUGUGAUUAUGCAAUAAGCUUCCAGUUAUUUAUUGUUAUGGUUCCUUCCAUGUUUCUAAAAAUAGAGGAAAAAUGUUAUCAGCAGAUGGUUUAAAUAAAUAUUAAUUUCUACAGCUAGAGCCUGUUAAACAUUCAAAAGUUGUAAGGCAAACAAAUUGUAUAUGCAUGGCAUGGUAAUGCAGUCCCAUUUCCACUCCAGCUGAUGCAUUGUUUCUGUCAACAAUAUUUCUUGGCUCCUUUUCACUCUAAUUCUGUAGCAUGGAAAAAUCCAGAUUUUUAAUCGCAUAUUCAUGGUUCCAGCCCAGCUCCAUCUUGCAGCAGCUUUCCUUCAGUGCUGUGUUUGCUGCUGGCUAUUUCUAGCGAGCACGGUUUCACACACAGGCAUCCAUUUCACUCUGCAAAAUGGUGAUUUCCAGUUCUGGGGAUGUGUUCCACACAGGUGACACUGGGUUUGUCACCAGAAUCCCGGCUGUGCUGCCCUCCCCAGCGUCAAACAGGCAAGCUGGAUGGAUGAAUUGUGAGCAGUGGAGUUAGAGAUCCUGUAUUUAAAAUGCACCUCCUUACUUCUCAGGUUGAAAUGUUUGGGAGGGGAUUGAGUUUGUUGUUUACAGUAAAUCACUACUCUCUGUAGCAAAGCUUCCAAGACCCAGUAAGUUGGGGCUUACACAGAAAUACCAUCUCUGUACAAUUCCAUGUGGAGUAGGAGCUCCAUGCAGGAGCAUCAAUAUGGGAGACAGAGCUUUCUGGGUUAUUUACAGAGCAGUAAGUAGCUGGUGCUCCAUAAACAUGUAUGUCUCCCUGUGCUCAGACCGUAAUGCUUUAUCAUACCUGAUUAACCACUCGUGCACCUCUAUAUUCACAUACUCACAAAUGCAGAUAAGGGGUCACUUUUUUUAUUUAAAAAAAUCACACUGAUUACAGUGACAGUCCCUAAAAGUUCACUCGCUAUCAGCUGGUAUUAAAAAAGAAAAUCAAGUAAAAA